UCUAAGUGCAUAAAAUCUAUAAAUCUAGUAGAUAGUAACAAGGCUGUAGGACUGGUGCAACAUGCCAGGACUGGUGGAAGAUAACAAUUAACAGUAACAUGGUUUUUACCUUGCAGUGUCUUGUGUGUUCUCGAGUUCCUUGCUGUAUCCAUUUACUGUAUAAGGUUAGGUUAGGUGAGACACAAGCUGUGCUUUUUUAAAAGUAUAAAGUCCCACAAACAUAAAUAAGCACAGAGUUAAAAUGCCAGAAACAUCUAUUGUAGAAAUUCAAAGGGCAGCAAUAAAUAGGAAACAGUUCAGCAAUCAAUAAGAAGAAACUAUACAGGGGUUGAAAAUUAGGAAGAAAAACAACAACAUAAAUUGUAUUAGUAAAUUGUUGAGCUACUAUGAGCUAUCAGAACAUUUUCAAUGCCCCUUGAUAUAGACCUGGGACCCUGAAAUCUAUGAUAUAGAGUCUAAAAUCAUAGCCUAUAACUAAAUGCAUAUGAAGUCAGUAAAAAAACCUUUCAAAGAUUUUUAUAAGAUUCAUCUGUACUUCCAUCUCUUCUGUCAGUCCCAACAGCAUGGAGAAGCAAGUUGAGAUUCGAAUGCAUGAGUGUCACUUUGAAGCUCCAGCUCCUCCUCCAGGGCCAGCAUGUGGAGGUCUCUGUAACAAAUUCACAAAGAACUUGCUUCUAGCACUCACAGUUCUUGGUGUGAUUGUAGGCUCACUGGCUGGUGUCCUUCUGCGUUACGCGUCUCCACUUCACCCAGAUGUUAUCAUGAUCAUCGCUUUCCCUGGUGAUAUUCUCAUGAGAAUGUUGAAGAUGGUGAUUUUGCCUCUGAUCAUCUCCAGUUUAAUCACGGGUCUGGCGGGUUUAGAUGCCAAAUCUAGCAGUCGUCUCGGCACCAGAGCCAUGGUGUAUUACAUGUCCACAACCAUCAUUGCUGCAGUGCUGGGGGUGCUUCUGGUGCUGGUUAUCCACCCGGGCCACCCCAAACUAAGAUCCAACUUGGGAGAGGGCAAGAAGAACGAUGAUGUGUCCACUUUAGAUGCCUUUUUUGACCUCAUCAGAAAUCUCUUUCCAGAGAAUCUGGUACAGGCUUGCUUUCAGCAGAUCCAGACUGUUACAAAUAAGGUAGAGGUAGCAACACCUCAUCAUCCCCAUCGGUUUGGACGAAAUACCACCAAGUGGGCAGCAAAAUAUGCUAUGAAGAAAUCUCUUCAAUUCAAGACCGGCAUGAAUGUGUUAGGGCUCAUUGGUUUUUUUGUGGCUUUUGGAAUCUGCAUGGGAAAGAUGGGAGAGAAAGCCAAGCUGAUGAUGGACUUCUUCAGCGUUCUCAAUGAAAUUGUCAUGAGACUUGUUGGCAUGAUUAUGUGGUAUUCUCCUGUGGGCAUUGCAUGCCUUAUCUGUGGCAAGAUUAUUUCCAUUAAUGACCUGGAGGUGGUGGCCAAGCAACUGGGGAUGUACAUGCUCACAGUCAUUGUGGGCCUUAUCAUCCAUGGUGGCAUAUUCCUCCCACUGAUAUAUUUUGUCAUUGUUAGAAAAAACCCUUUUACAUUUUUUAUGGGAGUAUUUCAAGCUUGGGUGACUGCAUUAGGAACAGCCUCCAGUGCUGGUACACUGCCUGUUACGUUUCGUUGCCUGGAGCAAAACUUGGGCAUUGAUAAAAGGGUUACUCGAUUUGUGCUUCCUGUUGGUGCGACAAUCAACAUGGACGGGACAGCACUUUACGAGGCAGUGGCAGCCAUUUUCAUUGCACAGAUGAAUGGAAUAAAACUUGGUCCUGGUCAGAUUGUUACAGUCAGCCUGACAGCUACUCUUGCUAGUGUGGGAGCUGCCAGUAUUCCCAGCGCUGGCCUCGUCACCAUGCUGCUCAUCCUCACUGCUGUGGGUCUGCCAACCCAAGACAUCAGCUUACUGGUCGCCGUCGACUGGCUUCUGGAUCGCUUCCGAACAUCGGUCAAUGUUAUUGGAGACUCUUAUGGAGCGGGCAUCGUGUACCACCUCACCAAAGACGAGCUCAACAUGCUUGAUGCCCAGCAGAUGAGAACAGAUGACUUUGAGAUGACCAAACCACAAUCCUUCUAUGAGAAUAACACAAACCAUGGUGUAUAUGCAUCGUAUAACUCCUGUCCACAAGUGCUAAUAGAUGACUGCAAGAUCAACUUGACCCCAAAUGGCUCCCCUGCUGUCUUUUCCGUCAUUGAGGAGGAACCUUGGACACAAGAGUAAAACAGCACAAAGAUCCAGCUUCGCCUUAUCCUGAGUCCUACAUGGUUGCUAUUCUGGGUGAAAACAAUUUAAUGAAUGCAAACAUCAUAUUUAUGGUGACUACCACAAGCAUCAAACAACUAUGUGCAUGUACUAUACUAGCACAGACAAUUGUAUGAUCAGCUCCUCAUGACCUUUGUGACUUAGGUUAAAGUUUAGCUUCCUUUCUAUGGUUAGGGAUCUAUGCUAGUGACCUUAAGGUUGUAAGUUGAAAUCAGUGGUUGACAUAAGUGAGGUACAAGUGCCACUGUCCUGUCCCACCAUGGCUGCACCCUUGAGUGAGACCCUAUAACUGCUCAUUGCUGGGAUCUUGAGUAAGGCCCCAUGACCCCUAAUUGCUGAUGGCUGAACCACUGAGCAAAGUUUAAACCUUUAAAUGACAGUACUUUGAAUUUCAUCAUUUUGUAUAUUUAUGGCGGUGUGUGAAGAGACAGGUCCCGGUCAACUUUAGGGACCAAAUAAAAGUUUUUUUUUUUUUUUGUUUUUUUUUAAAUUCCAUCUAUGGUGUGUCUAACGUAGGGGUUUCCACAUCAUCUGGAGCCCAGAAUUCCCACACCAGACUCUGAAAGAGCAAUCUGUAGACCCCACCAAUUACCCUCCCAAUCCUUUUUUACUUGUUAAUCAGAAAUCAAUAUAAAGCCAGAAAUGCUUGGGCUCACUGCUAGCGGCUAGAUUAUAGAAGUACAACUUGCCCUCGCUGACUUGGCUUAGAUGGAUUAAGCCUUGGUCUCGGCACUCGAGAUCAGCCUCUUACCGUGACAGCUAUCCCAACCCCCCAACCCCUCCCAGCACCCCCACCCCCCUACCAUCACACCAAAGCUUACAACCUCCAACCAGGUGCUGGAUUUUGCCUUCAAGGCUUAUUUUAACCACCAACGCAAGGUCAACACAAAUGCCAUGCAAGUAAUUAAAUAGCUAGAACAGACACAAAGGCUAGUAUCAAACUCUGGCAAGUGGUUAUCUAUAUUACAGCUUAUAUGGCACCACCUUUGACAUUCACAGAUUCAUGAAUUACAGUGUGUAUUUGUGCAUGAUUAUUAGAAAUUCUAAAGUUUAUGGACUAUGCAUACAGGCCAUGUGUGUAUGCACACAUUUAAUUUAAUUUUAUUUGUUUAAUAACCAUGCCUUGAAUACAGCAACUGUAAACUCUAUAGAAUGCAAAGAUAAGUGAUGUCGACUCCAAAACCACUUUCUUUAGUCCCACAGAAAGUAAACUAUGUCUAAAGCCCAAGAAAAGAGUUAAAUUGAAUGGAUUUUGCCGCAUUGCCGCAGUGGUGUUAUAUAAGACUCACAUCACACACACACUGCCAAUGAUGUACUUACAUAGAGGGAGAGAAAAAAAUGUUCAUGGAGGAAAUAGAAUUCACCCUGAUUCACUAUGAAAAUUAUUUAUUUGUACUAUAAUGAUUUAUAAUGACUUUUAACUGUUUGAUCUUUUGCGAAUCUUGCUAUUCAUAUUAAAGUGCCUCUUUGCACUUUGUGUAUUUAUCGUACACUAGCUUUAUUUAGGUUUCCUUUCUAUACUGAAUAUAAUAAUAUAUAGUUUUGAUGUCUAGUAGUCAGUUUUUUGUUCAUGGUUUACUACAACAUAGAUCAAUAACAUUCAAAUCCGAACAGAAAAGAUUUUUUUAGCCGACAGUUUGGAUCAGAUUGUCUGGUGUAGCUAACAUGGCUUUAUCCAGCUACUUCUUUUAUUUCAAAAUGAAUUUUUAUUUAUAAUUUUAGUGACUAUUAAUGCAGAAAACCUGGAGGAUAACAGUAGUAAAGGAUACCUUCACUGUUGAAACUGACUGGUGGAGUACAGACAGAGCUUAAGUUCAGGACGUAAGUAGAACUGUGUAAAUGUGUAUAUUAUUAAGGUGUACAUGCUCAGGCAGGGCCUGACAAAACACCCAGGUUUUAUGUCGGUUGAGAAUUUUAUUCAUAUGUUGUUUGUUCAUAUGUUGAUGUUUUUGGAUUGUUUUGUGCUCUAUGGUAUUCCAGAUUUACUGCAAGAUAAACUUUCAAAACAAGGUUC